GAGAAUGUAGUCUUGCUGCUACCAGUAUUUGAAGAGUUUCUCGCUAAUGCGCCCAACACCGCCAGUAAUGACGCAGUACGACAGAGCAUCGUCAUCCUUAUGGGUUCACUAGCCAAGCAUCUGGACAAGAACAACCCCAAGAUCAAACCUAUAAUGGCCCAGCUUAUUGGUGCACUGUCUACACCGUCCCAGGAGGUACAAGAGGCAGUGGCCCAUUGCUUGCCUCCCCUGGUCCAGGGAAUCAAACAGGAUGCUCCAGAGCUUGUUCAAAAACUGAUGCAACUCCUUUUGGAGUCUGACAAAUAUGGAGAAAGAAGGGGAGCAGCAUAUGGACUUGCGGGGCUCGUCCGGGGUCUGGGGAUCACUUCCCUCAAACAGCUCGAGAUCAUGUCCACAUUGGAGGAAGCUGUCAAAGACAAGAAAAACCCACGACGACGGGAAGGUGCCCUGUUUGCCUACGAGAUGCUGUGUGCUAUGCUGGGAAAGCUGUUCGAGCCGUAUGUGGUGAACAUUCUGCCCCAUCUCCUGCUCUGCUUUGGUGACAGCAGUCAGUACGUCCGUGAG